CAUCAGUCGAUGUCUGGAUAGAAAUAGAACAACAAGUGGCUCGUUUGAGUUUAAUUCGCGAAUGGGAAACCCGAGUGCAAGUGUUUACAUUACUGCAAGUGCUCCAAAAACGAUCCGUGGUCCCCAAGCAUUAAACAUUAAAGUAUAGCUUAAACAAUUUGUAAGGUAUUAAAUUUUAAAGGCGUGGCACCGACCGUGUUUCGAAGGACAAAUGCCGAACAGCGAGAGACCCCGUUCCCGACCAAAGCACCGGAAUAAAACCAGGAUUCGAACUCGGGCCCCCACGCCGGAGGAUUUCCUGGAGAGUCACCUACUCCACAACCUUCUGGCCAGUCACCACCAUCCAGACAUCGAGUCUCAACUGGAAGAUCUUGGGAGCGAGAGUAACUACGAGUUCGACACUCAGGACGAGGAUGGGGAUGAUGGAAAUGUUGAGCUUCUGCAUGGGUUAAACUUAAAGAUGGAGCGGUCAAAAAAUGCGAUAGAGGAUAAUCAAGAGGAGUUUAAUGACAAGUCAGAUCCCGUGAUUCUGGCCGAGGAUGCUGGGGAGUUUUUUAAUCCUCCGGCAUUGGAAGAGAUUCCGUCUCUGUCUCCGCAAAUGUAUCCCUAUCCCAUGAACCACCGCCCUAGUUUUAUGGGCAAAUGCACACCGCCAAAGGUCAGAGGUCAGGGAUUCGAUCCGCCCUUUCUAUAUCCCGAAUUCAUUGCCAAAAACCAGGAAAGUCGUGUGAAGUACAUUUUCACUUUGGUGGAUAGUUUGGUGCUGCAAAUGGAGCAUUUCCGUAAAUUAAGCGAGCACUCAGACAACGAAAGAGACACAAAAACGCAUUCCACAGGAACAGUGCCCAAAUCCAGGCCCCAAAAUCGGUGCUUUAUAAAUAAGUUUGUCCAUGACUAUCCUUGUUGCAUGGAGCCAAAAAAACUGAACCAAUCUAAGAAUCAACGUUACGCUAAUAGUAGUGAGCAAUCAUAUCAUCGAUCUCUGGAGAUGAAUCCGGAGUUAGAACUCGAUUUGGACUGCGAGUUCGGAAUGGACCACAUCGAGAAGUUUCGAGCCAAUAAGGUUCGUGAUUUUUCCUUUGGAGAACCAGGAAUUGCAACGGAUAGGGAAGAAAUCACUGAUAAUACUGUCAAAAAGGAAGUGACCAAAAAGAAUGAGCCCCGUUUAAAAAGUGGCCACCGUGAAUUUUUCGACGGAUUCUCGAAAUGUGAGGACUUUAGGGUGCGCAAGGCCUCCUCUAAGCGCUUUGAAAGGGAGCCAAAAUGGCUGAUAGAUGAGGCCAGAACCACACGACCUUGCACUCCCAUCACACGACCUUGUACUCCCGAGCCGGGCCAUAAUAAGAUCCAGAACUCAGCAAACACAAAUUGGGACUUUUUAAUUUAUAAGGACUCAUACACAUCCGGAAAAGCUAAAGCCCGUGGCAUAGCUAAGGAAACUGCAGACGAAAGGGCACCUUUGACUGUCAAUAAUGGCAAUCGUGUUUAUCGGAUCCCCCGAAAGAAGGAAAUAACAUUGAAUGAAAUCAGACGCAUCUAUCUUAGGACUACCAUCAUUGACAAAAUAUCAACGGAAGGUCAACCCAUCUGUAAGACAAACAAAAAGUGAAAGUAGCAUUGCUAGACUUGAACAAAAAGAUCUUUAUCAAAAAACGAUAUGUCAAUGAAUAAGUUGACG